AUGGUGAAUCCCGAAUACGCUAAAACGCCCGAUGUGAUCAAAGCCAUCAACACCGAUGUAUUGAAGGCUGCGCUUAAUUUCGAAAAAACGCCGAUCAAUGGACUUCCCGGCUUCGACACUGCUGACUUGGCUAUCAGCGACCAGAACUCGUUCAUGAGAACAGACGACAUGAGCGGUGAUGACGAGUUGAAGAAGAAGAGAAAGAAAAAGCAGCAGGUGGGUGGCACGUUGAAGAGACAGCACUUUUAA